GUUUCAAUGAAGUAAUGAAUGAAUUUCGCCGCACUCCCCCUCCCCCCAGGCCUACAACAGCAAACAGAGAGGCCUCGGCCAAUCAACAGGCAGUCCAGGUUUUCAAGUUGAGUUCAAACAGACCCACAGGAAGCCAAUCAGCGAGUGUAGCCCCGCCCACGACUCUUAGUUGAGGCCAAUCAUAAGCCUCAAAGAGCCAAAACACAGCGACUGGCCAAUGCGGGAGAAGCCCACUGAGCUGAGCUCCGCCAAUGGGCGCGGCCCGGCGAAAAGAGAAACACUGCGGCCCGGGGGUGGGCCGCAGGAUUCGAAUCGAACGUCUGUGCGGGAGCCGGGCACUAGCGGAGCGGCGCGAGGGCCAAUCAGCUGCGGCGGCACGCGGCCCCGGAACGUUGGGACACCCCGGCCCCGCCCCGCGCUGUUGUUGGUGGUGUCGGCCGGCCGGGCGGUGGGAUCGGAACCACAACAUUCGCCGUGCGGCGGAGGCCGAGCCCCGGAUCUCCGCGGCCGGCGCUGCGGGGACCUGGCGUCGCGCCAUGUCGGUGAACACGGAUGAGCUGCGGCACCAGGUUAUGAUCAACCAGUUCGUGCUGGCCGCCGGCUGUGCGGCCGACCAGGCGAAGCAGCUGCUGCAGGCGGCGCACUGGCAGUUCGAGACCGCCUUGAGCACGUUUUUCCAAGAAACCAACAUUCCCAACAGUCACCACCACCACCAGAUGGAAAGAGCGCUCCCGGGCCGGCGCCGGCUGGUCCAACUUCGGGACACGCCUCCAGGCGGCUGGGUCUGGGCCGGAGGCCUGAGCCCCCCGCCCUCGCUGCUUCUCUCGGAGGGAUUUGGGGAGGGGCUCCAGAGUUGGGGGGCGCGAGAAGGGAGAGAUGACUUCAGGACAAACGGGAGACCAGAAGUGGGCUCGGAUGGUGACCAGACUUCUGGGGAGCCCAGAUGAAGACCCCAAGACAGGAGACAGACUUGAGGCCUUCGUGUGUUGGUGGGGAGCACCUCUUGCUAUCCAGUGCGGCCCUUCCCCCUCCACACACGCACCUGCGCUGCAGGAAGCAGGGAAGGGAUAAAUCCACUCUGGCUCAGGAAGCUGGCUCUUCCCACAAAUGUAUACUGGCCCUUUUAAAGCCCAGGGGAAACGUACUCUGCACCGGGAGAACACACAGAUAUUGACCCAAGAUAAGGCCAAGAAUUUGCAUUUAAUCUCUGUUUAAAAGAUGCACAAUCCCGGAGAAUUGAAGUGGCUCAAGGCUGUGUUUGUUUCCUUCUCUUUCCAACCUGGUUCCAGGCUGGAGUCUUUGCCCUGGGGGGGGGGGGCAACCCCUUUCUUGAGGCUCAGUACAAAGCUUCCCCACCCCAACCCCUAGUUACCUAUUAGCCCCAGUGGGGGGGGGUCAGCUCCUGAACACGUUAUUCCUCAGGGGGUUGCUGUGGUUAUUUUGGCUUUUUUUUUUUUUUUUUUGUCUUUUUCAUUUUUAUCCAUACCGGGGAUCCACCACCUGCUUGCAAGGCGGGUACUUAUGCCCUGAGCUAAAUCCCCAGCCCCUAUUUUGGCAUUUUUAACACUUGAGUUUCUCUUCCAUGGCUGCACAUGGCCCAUCUGCUGUGUCUUGGCUGUGGCUCCCCUUUUCCCUCUAGUCAAAGAGGACAGGUAGAGAGAAGUCUGCCUUGACUUUUGAAACCAGCUUUUCUUUUAGGGCUCAUGGUCCAUAUGAAUCUGACAGGAAUGUCUUUUGGUUUAUGAAGGAAUAAUGGUGCUGGCUGCAGGGUGGAGGUAGCUAAGGCCCGACUCAUAGCAAGCCCAGGAGGAGUUCAUCUCCAAGGGAUACCACCACCCCAGCAUCCAGCUUUGGAAUUUUCUGAAUCUCUGAACCUGGGAGCCCUGUUCCUCUGUCUCUUGUAGCCUGUCAUGGUGGUUCACACCUAUAAUCCUAGCACUCAGGAGGCUGAGGCAGGAAGAUUGUCACAAGUUCAAGGCCAGCCUGGGGCAGCCUGAAAUAAUACUGCAAGACCCUGUCUCAAAAAACCAAAACCAAAAAGAACACCCUCGAGGUAUCUCCCUGCUAGUUUCGGCUGUUCUGAAAAACCAGGGCCUCCAGCACAGCCAUGCUUCAGGUCAGGAACAGGGGUUUACAGGAAGAGCCAGGACUGGCAGCUACUUGGUUGUUUUAUCGCUGUUUGCACAUCCCUGCUGGGGAAUUGAAAUCCCCUUUGAAAGUUGCUCUCCAGCAGGAGGCUGGUUUUGUAACAGGCUUUACAAUCAGCAUAACUACUGAUGACCCGCUACUGGGUGCUUCAGAAUGGUGUCCGAGCUCCAAGUUGGCAGUUUUUUGGGACAAAAUAAAGGAAAAA